CAGGCCACAUCCAGAAGGAUGAACGGAACAAGUACAACGAACGGAAGUGUGGAAUUGGCAGUUCUGAGAAGAGGCAGUCCUGGCUUGGCGUGGCUGGAGAGCGGAAUGGACGUGGGACAGCAGGCUGGAGUUGGACUUAGGAGAACCUUGGCGUCCUGUUCUGAGUCAACAUUCCUCCUUCUAACCAUGGGACUUUCCAGAAGGACCACAGCUCCUUCCAUGCAUCCACUUGACCUGGGAUGUCCUGGAUUUGGCUGUCGAGCGACUUUGCCUGCCUCUCCGGAGUAUGGCCGUGUGGUCCCUGUGGAGUCUGCUUCUCUGGGAAGCACUACUUCCCUUCAUUGUCACCGGUGCCCAAGUUCAGGGCCAGGUGGGGGGCUCGGCGCUGCUGGUGGCAGAGUGCCCUCCCGGCUUCCAAAUCCGAGAGGCCAUCUGGAGAUCCCUCUGGCCUUCAGAGGAGCUCCUGGCCACGUUCUUCCGGGGGUCUCUGGAGACGCUGUACCACUCCCGCUUCCUGGGCCGAGCCCAGCUGCACAGCAACCUCAGCUUGGAGCUGCGGCCACUGGAGUCUGGAGACAGCGGCAACUUCUCCGUGCUGCUGGUGGACAAGGAAGGUCGAGCCUGGACCCAGACCCUGCAGCUCAAGGUGUAUGGUGCAGUGCCCAGGCCCGUGGUGCAAGUGUUCACUGCUGUAUCAGGGGAUGCUCAGCCCCCCAAGACCUGCCAAGUGUUCCUGUCCUGUUGGGCUCCCAACAUCAGCGACAUAACCUAUAGCUGGCGACGGGAGGGAACCAUUGACCUUGAUAUCAAGCCAGGCGGCCUCUUCAUGGACGGACAGGUGCUGAGUGUGUCACUGGGACCAGGUGACAAAGGUGUGGCCUAUUCCUGCAUUGUCUCAAACCCUGUCAGCUGGGACUUGGCCACAGUCACCCCCUGGGAGAGCUGCCAUCACCAGGCAGCUCCAGGGAUGGCCUCCUACAAAGAUGUGCUACUGGUGGUGGUGCCUGUCUUGCUGCUUCUGAUCCUGGCUGGUCUCUCUGCCUGGCACUGGGGCCCCUGCUCAGCUCCUGAAAGAACUACCCCAGCUGACCUGGGCUUCGUGGACAUGUCCAUCCUAGGCUGUCUGGCUGGUCCCAGGAUGGAGAAAGUGGGUCAGCAAGGAGAAGGAGGCAUAAGACUUCAGUGGAUGUGUCCUAAAAGGGACAAAGAAGAAGGAUGUCGGUGCCGGUGAAGUGGCUCCAGAGACAGAGAACCCCCUCGUUUAGGGUCUACCGUGAGCAAUGCCUGGAUCACGAGGAACCCCACUGCCUAGCCACAUGAUGCUCUGGGAUGUAGCUGGUACCUGGAAACCACCAUGGACCUCGUACCUCCUGUGAGACUCCUGUACCACCGCUCAGGAGCAGCCUGGGCAGCCAUCACACUGGGAGGACAGGAAACACUGGCACAACCUUCCACACCUUCCCCCUUCCCUCUCCCCUGGUUGCAUGUCCUGGCUGUGCUCUGGGAAACAUGGGCCCAGCAGGACAUCCCCUCAAGGACACUGGAAGUUCUCCAGGAUCCAUAGAUUGAUUGUCCAGGGCACUCACUCCUCCACCACUGUUCAUGAAGUAUUGUUAUGGAUUGAAUUUGUCCCCUUUAAAUUCACAUGUUGAAAUCCUAACCCCCAAUAUCUCAGGAUAUGACUGUGUUUGGAGAUAGGGUCUUCAAAGAGAUAAUUAAGGUUAAAUGAGGUCAUUGAGAUGGCCCUAAUCCGAUAUGACUGGUAUCCUUAUAAGAAGAGGGAGAGACACCAGGAAUGCACACACAGAGAGAAAAAGCCAUGGAAGGACACAGAGAGAAGGAAGCCCUCUUCAAGCCAAGGAGAGGCCUUGGGAGAAACCAAACCUGCUAACAUCUUGGUCUUGGACUUCCAGUCUCCAAGACUGAGAAAAUAAAUUUCUGUCGUUUAAGCCACCCA